AUUAUUAUUUUUUUUACUUGGCAUACAUUCUAAAGUGAAAAGUCUGAGUCUCAGCGUUAUUAUGUUACUGUAGAAUUGCCCUUUACAGUCUGCAGUCUGAGGACCUGGUAAUAUCAGGGCUGCGUUCAGCACAUUUGAACAUUCUGGAAUGUUCAAUUGACCAGAUGGUGCUGUACUCAACCAGUUACAAAACGGGGAGGGCUUGUUGGUUGGGGAACGCUGUCAGCAUGGCAGUAUGUCACUUAUUGUUUCAAGCCACACCCACCAAAUGGGAGCAAACGUACCUCAAAGUCUAUUCAAGAACUUACAAGAAUGUUUUGAGGAAACGUGUUGUUCAGUACAAACCGUUCUGCAACGUAGGAAAUGUUCAAGUGAACUGAAUGCACCUCAGGAGUUGGUGGAGGGAGAGACUGAACCUCUGAAACAGCUGGCCACAAAUUAUGGCCCCGGAUCAGGACCCUGAAUCAGGAGCUGUCGCUGUUCCUUCCCGAGUCGGAACCAGGAAUGAUCCACUAGGGACAGAGACUCCACCACAACCACCAAACAGAACACAACCAGUGGACAGGUGGACUGAACAACAGUCCUGGUGGUCAUCAGAGAGACAGAGGCUCCAGUCGGCAGCCCAGACCCUUUUCUUCACAGUCUCAGUGCAGGGAUGGAGCAGGGCCUGGGGAUGAUAGAGAUAGACCCUGCUGUUCCUAUGAUACAACCACCACCGUAUCCAUGAUCACCCUGGGCUUCAGCCUUCACAGGGAGUGACAGAAGACAACCCUGGUGGUAAUCUGUCUUCUCCUUCAUGGUCUCAUCUAAUGCCUGGUGACUGGGUUCAUAGAAGGCCUGGACCUGGGUGUAGCCUUCCUUAGUUACCUCAUGGUUACCCCACGAAUACAGACAUGGUCACGAUGGGGGUUCACCAUGAGAGGUACCUAGCCUAUAAAAAAAUAAAGGAGAGCCGCACACUCUAGUAGCUCAGAUGCAAAAAUAUUUAUGUCCAAUGUUUCGACAGGCAAGCUGUCUUCAUCAGGGUAUCUAGCCUUUAACACAGCACACAAUCCCAACAACACCCAAACAAUGGCUAUAGGUCAAAGAGGGAGCUCAAAGACUAACCACCUGAGGAUUGUGGCUCCUGCUUCUACCGCCUCUGUCAUUGGGUCACAAUGUGGGAGGCUGAGCAUUAGGGCUGACGCUGACAAGCCGUACGCCUGCCCUACAUGUGGGAAGUGUUUCGCUGAAGCAAACUAUGUGAAGGAGCACCAGACCGUUCACACCAAGGAGAGGCCCUUCAAGUGUAAACUAUGUUACAAGAGCCAUUCUGCAACGUAGAACGGCUCUUGUAACAAGCGGUAGAUGCAGGAGCCACAACCCUCAGGUGGUUGGUCUAUGAGUUCCAUCCUGGACCUCUAGCCAUUGUUUGGGUGCUGUUGGGAUUGUGUGCUGUGUUAUGGGCUUUAAAAGGGUAUUUAAAAAGAUAUUUAAUUGAUAUUCAUGCUCCACGAGGUGAGGCCAAAUGUAAGAUUAGAGCAAUUAUGAUAGAUGUGCGGCAGAAGAGGUGGGACUCAGAACCCAAAGGCCAGCAUUUACAUGCCCGCCAAAGAAAGGUGGUGGACCAAGAUUCAAGGGUCUGAUUAUGAAGGAAGAGGUGGUGGUUGCGUUUAGGACAUUGUACGUCGAACCCGUCAUUAUGUCUGGUUGGCAAGUAUGCAAAUGGUUUGUGUACAGAGUGUAUGGUUGAUGAAACAGUGAUGCAUGUGUCGAUGGAUUGUUGUAAGUACAGGGCUCUUUUUAUUUUCUUAGUAAUACAGGAUUCGAUAGGAAGGUUUAGUUUCUCUUAAUGUUUGUUUCUUUAUUCGUUUAGUCUAUUCAUUUAGCUGUGCUUUGACUACACACUCCAGUACAGUAGAGGCGGCAUGCACCUCUAACGUUUGAGGACCGACAUAAUAUUAUAGAAGAAGAAGUAAACGGAAGUCAAGCGACCAAAUACAAAUUCCACGUUAGCGUUAUUGUUUAGACGUGUAACGACACCCUAGACUGAAGAAAAAAAAAACUAAUUGAACUACACCGCAUUACAUACUUACCUCAGGUAGUGUUUAAUUCGCGUUGGAGACGGGACUUGGUUGAUAGAUGUUAUCUAGGUAACGCUAGCUAGCUGCUUAGCUAACAAUGGCUAACUGUAUGGUUUUUCACACUCAAAUAGCCUCCGUCAUGGAGGUGCUAGCGAAUGCAGCCGUGGCAGAAAUCUGUAAACUCGUAGACGACGACUAUGCAGUGUUUCGUUUGGAAAUAACUCAAAGCCAGAAAGAAAACGGGGCCUUGCGGAGGAAACUACAGCUAUUGGAACUAAAGGUGGCACGGGAGCGCGCAGAGAGGACAAUACGAGAGCGCGUCCUCGCCAGUCGUCCCAGUAGUGUCAAGGUCCUCGACCGAUACAAAGGAAUGACAAGAGGUGGACAUCUCACUGGAGGCCACAGGAGCUUUGUGAAGCCAGCGGGUCACAAUACAUGGAGCGAUGACCAACCAAUCACUGUUGACGAGGGCACUCGAACCUCAAUUCAGAACAUUAUUGUGAUAGAGUCUGUAGAUGCAGAUGCUGCAGGGCCCGGAGGAUCGCCUCUGGUCAAGCAGGAGAAGUCUGAAGGAGAGGAGGACCCACGGCACAACAGAGAUAUCCAAACUGGAGCAGUGGCUGGAGUGCCCCCUAUAUUCAUGGAGGACAACACCACCGCUCCAGCGCAGCCCAGGACCCAACGCAGCAUCACGGAGCCAGUAGACAUGGAGGAUGGGAAGCCUGAUCUGUUGCUGGUCAAAGAGGAGACAAUAGAAGAUGGACCAGAGAGCAUUGACCUGCUGAGUGGACUAAAGAUGGGGGAGCAAGGUGGUUGGCUGGAGGAUAACAGAGAAGACUGGUCAGCCAUCUUGGAUUCCCAGACCCAGACGGGUGCCAAGGGCCCAGUGGAUAACAUCACUGAGCAGGCCAGGACCAGAGGCGACAUAGUGGAGGUCAGUGGAUGGGACAGCAUCUUCAACUCUGGACUGGGGAACAACACUGUUUACCACAACCAGAAACAGACAGUCGAACACAAAACAACAACUGAACAUAGUCUCCAUGACAACAGACUGGCUGAGACCAGGGCGAGGCGUAGAUUUUGUCUGCGGGGACGGGGAGGUGUCGGUAUGCAGCGGGAGAGAACAGACACAGACUCCUCGAGUGAUGCUCCGGCCUGCUCCUAUAGUUGUGAUUCAGAGAGACUGACGGCGCCUCAGGUUAACCCCCUAACAGGUGCUGCCUUCAGCCUGCCUUCUAUAGGAUCUAUCAACUGGAACAUGGACCCUGAGACAACACAGACACUCCCUGGCCUUCAUCCUCCUCACACUCUCCUAAUGUUAAACCAGACCUCGGACAAUGCCAAAACACUAAAUGGCUACACAAGCCCAUUGACAAAUGAUGGUAAUAGAGACGGAAUCAGUAAAGGUGUCAGCACCAAAGAAAAGCGCUUCCCGUCUUCAUUCUGUGGGAAAGUCUUCAGUUUCCCCGAACAGGUGGAGCUCCACCAGAGGAUGCACACAGGGGGGAAACCUUUCGGCUGCCACCUGUGCCGGGUCAGUUUUUCAGACUCGUCUAACCUGAAGAGGCACCUGAGGGUCCACACAGGGGAGAAACCGUACAGCUGCCCCCAGUGUGAGAAGAGGUUCUCCCGCCAGCACAAUAUGAAGAUGCACCUGAAGGUCCACACGGGAUAGAUGUCGUUCGCCUGUACGCACUGCAGGAAGGGGUUCUCAGAGAGGAGCUUCCUGAGGACACAACAGAAAAUGCACACAGCGCAUGUAUAGUAAUAUGUAGUGCCUUCACAAGGUUUUCACACCCCUUGAUUUUUCCACAUUUUGUUGUUACAGCCUGAAUUUAAAAUGGAUUACAUUUAGAUUUUUUGGUCACUGGCCUACACACAAUAUCCCACAAUUUCAAAGUGUAAUUAUGUUUUUAGAAAUGUUUACGAAUUAAUAAAAAAUGAAAAGCUGAAACCCCUUUGUUAUGGCAAGCCUAAAUAAGGUCAGGAGUAAACAUGUGCUUAACAAGUCUCGUAAUAAGUUUCAUGGACUCACUCUGUGUGCAAUGAUAGUGUUUAACAUAAUUUUUUUAUGACUACCUCAUCUCUGUACCCCACACAUACAAUUAUCUUUAAAGUCCUUCAAUCGAGCAGUGAAUUUCAAACAGAUUCAACCACAAAGACCAGGGAGGUUUUCCAAUGCUCCGCAAAGAAGGGCACCUAUUUGUAGAUGGGUACAAAUAAAUAAAAAAAAGCAGACAUUGAAUAUCCUUCUGAGAAUGGUGAAGUUAUGAAUUACACUUUGAAUGAAGUAUCAAUACACCCAGUCACUACAAAGAUCCAGGCGUCCUUCCUAACUCAGUUUCCGGAGAGGAAGGAAACCACUCUGGGAUUUCACCAUGAGGACAAUGGUGACUUUAAAAUAGUUUGAGUUUAAUGGUUGUGAUGUGAGAACUGAGGAUGGAUCAACAACAUUGUAGUUACUCCAUAAUACUAACCUAAUUGACAGUGUGAAAAGAAGGAAGCCUAAACAUUCCAAAACAUACAUCCUGUUUUCCAAAAAAUUGACAAAGAAAUGCACUUUUUGUCUUGAAACCGAAGUGUUAUGUUUGGGGCAAAUCCAAUAAAACACAUUACUGAGUACCACUCUCUAUAUUUUCAAGCAUAGUGCUGGCUACAUCAUGUUAUGUGUAUGCUUGGAAUUGUUAAGGAAUGGGACGUUUUUCAGGAUAAAAAAAGAAACGGAAUGGAGCUCAGCACAGGCAAAAUCCUAGAGGAAAACCUGGUUCAGUCUGCUUUCCACCAGACACUGGGAGAUUAAUUCACCUUUCACUAGGACAAUAACCUAAAACACAAGGCCAAAUCUACACUGGAGCUGCUUACCAAGAAGAAAAUAAAUGUUCUUGAGUGGCCGAGUUACAGUUUUGACUUAAAUCUGCUUAAAUCCAUGGCAAGACCUGAAAAUGGUUGUCUAGCAAUGGUCAACAAUCAAUUUGACAGAGCUUGAAGAAUUUUGUUUUAAGAAUAAUGUGCAAAUGUUGAACAAUCCAGGUGUGGAAAGCUCUUAGAGACUUACCCAGAAAAACUCACAGCUGCAAUCGCUGCCAAAAGUGAUUCUAACAUGUAUUGGGGGGUUGAAUACUUAUAUGAUGUAGAAACAGUAUAUUUGUGUUUUCUAAUUAUUUACUUUUUUACUGAUGUUUGAUAGUAUUUUUAGUAAGAUCAUUGACAAAAAAAUUACAAAUCCAAUUUAUCCCACUUUGUAACACAACAAUGUGGAAAAAUUCAAGGUAUGUGAAUACUUUCUGAAUGCACUGUAGUACUAUUUAGUUUGUAGUUAAUUCUGCUGGUUUGGGUUGUAGUAUGGAACUGGAUGAGGUGAACUGAGGAAAGAAUGAGUAUGAUAAGGCAGAGUAGAUGAUAUGGUGGUGAUGAUGUCUGUAAAAAUGCUUCACUGAUGAAAAGUGACAACCUGUCAUGUUGUUUGACAUUGGUGUUUUAUGAAGAAAUUAUAGUGCCUUAAUUCAUGUUUACUUGACAUAAAGUAGUGAAGAUGUGUGUAAUGUUGAAUCUUUUCAAAAACUAUUCUAAAAUGUUUUUCAUUUACUUAAAAGGUCAAGUGUUACCAUAUUGAGAAAAGUUACUACUUGUUAUGUAUUGUUUUGUACAAUAAAAGUACUGUACACCAGG